AUGCUGAAGUUCAAAUAUGGAGCACGGAAUCUGCUGGACGCUGGUGCUACUGAACCCAUUGCCACCCGGGCCUCCAGGCUGAAUCAUUUCUUCCAGGGGAAACCACCCUUUCUGACUCAACAGCAGAUGUCUCCGCUUUCCCGAGAAGGGAUAUUAGAUGCCCUCUUCGUUCUCUUCGGAGAAUGCAGUCAGCCUGCUCUGAUGAAGAUCAAGCACGUGAGCAACUUUGUCCGGAAGUAUUCCGACACCAUAGCUGAGUUACAGGAGCUCCAGCCUUCAGCCAAGGACUUUGAAGUCCGAAGUCUUGUGGGCUGUGGUCACUUUGCUGAAGUGCAGGUGGUAAGGGAGCGAGCCACCGGGGACAUCUAUGCCAUGAAAGUCAUGAAGAAGAAGACCUUGUUGGCCCAAGAGCAGGUUUCAUUUUUUGAGGAAGAACUGAACAUAUUAUCUCGGAGCACAAGCCCUUGGAUCCCCCAGUUACAGUACGCCUUUCAGGACAAAAAUAACCUCUAUCUGGUCAUGGAAUAUCAACCUGGAGGCGACUUGCUGUCACUUUUGAAUAGAUAUGAGGACCAAUUAGAUGAAAAUAUGAUUCAGUUUUACCUAGCCGAACUGAUUUUGGCUGUUCACAGCGUUCAUCAGAUGGGAUAUGUACAUCGAGACAUCAAACCCGAGAAUAUUCUCAUUGACCGAACAGGACACAUCAAGCUUGUGGAUUUUGGAUCAGCGGCUAAAAUGAACUCAAAUAAGAUGGUGAAUGCCAAGCUCCCAGUUGGGACUCCAGAUUACAUGGCCCCUGAAGUGUUGACUGUGCUGAAUGGGGAUGGGAAAGGCACCUACAGUCUUGACUGUGACUGGUGGUCGGUGGGUGUGAUCGCCUACGAGAUGGUGUACGGAAGGUCCCCGUUCACUGAGGGGACCUCAGCCAGAACCUUCAAUAACAUCAUGAAUUUCCAGCGGUUUUUGAAGUUUCCCGAUGACCCCAAAGUUAGCAGUGAAUUACUUGAUCUGAUUCAGAGUUUGCUGUGUGGCCAGAAAGAGAGACUGAAGUUUGAAGGCCUUUGCUGCCACCCUUUCUUCUCUAAAAUUGACUGGAAUAACAUCCGUAACUCUCCUCCCCCCUUCGUUCCCACCCUCAAAUCUGAUGAUGACACCUCCAAUUUUGAUGAACCAGAGAAGAAUUCGUGGGUUUCAUCCUCUCCGUGCCAGCUGAACCUCUCAGGUUUCUCGGGCGAAGAACUGCCGUUUGUGGGGUUUUCGUAUAGCAAGGCACUGGGGAUUCUUGGUAGAUCUGAGUCUGUCGUGUCAAAUCUGGACUCCCCUGCCAAGACUAGCUCCAUGGAAAAGAAACUUCUCAUCAAAAGCAAAGAGCUGCAAGACUCCCAGGACAAGUGUCACAAGAUGGAGCAGGAAAUGACCCGGUUACAUCGGAGAGUGUCAGAGGUGGAGGCUGUUCUUAGUCAGAAGGAGGUGGAGCUGAAGGCCUCUGAGACUCAGAGAUCCCUCCUGGAGCAGGACCUUGCCACCUACAUCACAGAAUGCAGUAGCUUAAAGCGAAGUUUGGAGCAAGCACGGAUGGAGGUGUCCCAGGAGGAUGACAAAGCACUGCAGCUUCUCCAUGAUAUCCGAGAGCAGAGCCGGAAGCUCCAGGAAAUCAAAGAGCAGGAGUACCAGGCUCAAGUGGAAGAAAUGAGGUUGAUGAUGAAUCAGUUGGAAGAGGACCUUGUUUCGGCAAGGAGACGGAGUGAUCUCUAUGAAUCGGAGUUGAGAGAGUCUCGGCUCGCUGCUGAAGAGUUCAAGCGGAAAGCAACAGAAUGUCAGCAUAAACUAAUGAAGGCUAAGGAUCAAGGGAAGCCUGAAGUGGGGGAUUAUUCCAAACUGGAGAAGAUCAAUGCUGAGCAACAGCUCAAAAUUCAGGAGCUCCAAGAGAAGCUGGAAAAGGCUGUGAAAGCCAGCACAGAGGCCACGGAGCUGCUGCAGAAUAUCCGCCAGGCCAAGGAGCGGGCCGAACGUGAGCUGGAGAAGCUGCAGAACCGGGAGGACUCCUCCGAAGGCAUAAAAAAGAAGCUGGUGGAGGCCGAGGAACGCCGCCAUUCUCUGGAGAACAAGGUAAAGAGGCUAGAGACCAUGGAGCGUAGAGAAAACAGACUGAAGGAUGACAUCCAGACAAAAUCCCAACAGAUCCAGCAGAUGGCUGAUAAAAUUCUGGAGCUGGAGGAGAAGCACCGCGAGGCCCAGGUCUCCGCCCAGCACCUAGAGGUGCACCUGAAACAGAAAGAACAGCACUACGAGGAAAAAAUUAAAGUGUUGGACAACCAAAUAAAGAAAGACCUGGCCGAUAAAGAGACUCUGGAGAAUCUGAUGCAGAGACACGAAGAGGAGGCCCACGAGAAGGGCAAAAUUCUCAGUGAGCAGAAGGCGAUGAUCAAUGCUAUGGAUUCCAAGAUCAGAUCCCUGGAACAGAGGAUUGUGGAACUCUCAGAAGCCAACAAACUUGCGGCGAACAGCAGUCUUUUCACACAGAGGAACAUGAAGGCCCAGGAAGAGAUGAUUUCAGAACUCAGGCAACAGAAGUUCUACCUGGAGACACAGGCAGGGAAGCUGGAGGCCCAGAACCGAAAGCUGGAGGAGCAGCUGGAGAAAAUCAGCCACCAAGACCACAGUGACAAGAAUCGGCUGCUGGAGCUGGAGACAAGGUUGAGGGAGGUCAGUCUAGAGCACGAGGAGCAGAAGCUGGAGCUAAAGCGCCAGCUCACAGAGCUGCAGCUCUCGCUGCAGGAGCGCGAGUCCCAGCUGACCGCCCUGCAGGCGGCCCGGGCAGCCCUGGAGAGCCAGCUGCGCCAGGCCAAGACAGAACUGGAAGAGACGACGGCGGAAGCGGAAGAGGAGAUCCAGGCGCUCACGGCACAUAGAGAUGAAAUCCAACGCAAAUUUGAUGCCCUUCGUAACAGCUGUACUGUAAUCACAGACCUGGAGGAACAGCUAAACCAGCUCACUGAGGACAAUGCUGAGCUCAACAACCAAAAUUUCUACUUGUCCAAACAACUCGACGAGGCUUCCGGCGCCAAUGAUGAGAUAGCACAGCUGCGAAGCGAAGUGGACCAUCUUCGCCGUGAGAUCACGGAGAGGGAGAUGCAGCUCACCAGCCAGAAGCAAACGAUGGAGGCUCUGAAGACCACUUGCACGAUGCUGGAAGAACAGGUCAUGGACCUGGAGGCCCUGAACGACGAGCUGCUGGAAAAAGAGCGGCAGUGGGAGGCGUGGAGGAGCGUCCUUGGCGACGAGAAGUCCCAGUUUGAGUGUCGGGUUCGAGAGUUACAGAGGAUGCUGGACACCGAAAAGCAGAGCAGGGCGCGGGCCGACCAGCGGAUCACCGAGUCCCGCCAGGUGGUGGAGCUGGCGGUGAAGGAGCACAAGGCUGAGAUCCUUGCUCUGCAGCAGGCCCUCAAGGAGCAGAAGCUGAAGGCUGAGAGCCUCUCCGACAAGCUCAAUGACCUGGAGAAGAAACAUGCCAUGCUUGAAAUGAACGCCCGCAGUUUACAGCAGAAACUGGAGACUGAACGGGAGCUCAAACAGAGGCUUCUGGAAGAGCAAGCCAAAUUACAGCAGCAGAUGGACAUGCAGAAGAACCACAUCUUCCGUCUGACUCAAGGGCUGCAAGAAGCUCUGGACCGGGCGGAUCUGCUGAAGACGGAAAGGAGCGAUCUGGAAUACCAGCUAGAAAACAUUCAGGUUCUCUAUUCUCACGAAAAGGUGAAAAUGGAAGGUACUAUUUCUCAACAAACCAAACUCAUUGACUUUCUGCAAGCCAAAAUGGACCAGCCCGCUAAGAAGAAAAAGGGUUUAUUUAGUCGACGGAAAGAGGACCCUGCUUUGCCCACACAGGUUCCUCUGCAGUACAAUGAGCUGAAGGUGGCUCUGGAGAAGGAGAAAGCUCGCUGCGCAGAGCUAGAGGAAGCCCUUCAGAAGACCCGCAUCGAGCUCCGGUCUGCCCGGGAGGAAGCUGCCCACCGGAAGGCCACAGACCAUCCACACCCAUCUACGCCAGCCACCGCGAGGCAGCAGAUCGCCAUGUCCGCCAUCGUGCGGUCACCCGAGCACCAGCCCAGUGCCAUGAGCCUGCUGGCCCCGCCAUCCAGCCGCAGAAAGGAGUCGUCCACUCCAGAGGAAUUCAGUCGGCGUCUUAAGGAGCGCAUGCACCACAAUAUUCCUCACCGAUUUAACGUAGGACUGAACAUGCGAGCCACAAAGUGUGCUGUGUGUCUGGAUACUGUGCACUUUGGGCGCCAGGCAUCCAAAUGUCUUGAAUGUCAGGUGAUGUGUCAUCCCAAGUGCUCCACGUGCUUGCCCGCCACCUGUGGCCUGCCAGCCGAGUAUGCCACACACUUUACCGAGGCCUUCUGCCGUGACAAAAUGAACUCCCCAGGUCUUCAGUCCAAGGAGCCCAGCAGCGGCUUGCACCUGGAAGGGUGGAUGAAGGUGCCCAGGAAUAACAAGCGAGGACAGCAAGGCUGGGACAGGAAGUACAUUGUCCUGGAGGGAUCCAAAGUCCUCAUUUAUGACAAUGAAGCCAGAGAAGCUGGACAGAGGCCGGUGGAAGAAUUUGAGCUGUGCCUUCCCGACGGGGAUGUAUCUAUUCAUGGCGCCGUUGGUGCUUCUGAGCUUGCAAAUACAGCCAAAGCAGAUGUCCCCUACAUACUGAAGAUGGAGUCUCACCCGCACACCACCUGCUGGCCCGGGAGGACGCUCUACUUGCUGGCUCCCAGCUUCCCCGACAAACAGCGCUGGGUCACCGCCUUAGAGUCUGUUGUCGCAGGUGGGAGAGUUUCUAGGGAAAAAGCAGAAGCCGAUGCUAAAUUGCUUGGAAACUCCCUGCUGAAACUGGAAGGUGAUGACCGUCUGGACAUGAACUGCACACUGCCCUUCAGCGACCAGGUGGUGUUGGUGGGCACUGAGGAAGGGCUGUACGCACUGAAUGUCUUGAAAAACUCCCUCACCCACGUCCCAGGAAUCGGAGCGGUCUUCCAAAUUUAUAUCAUCAAGGACCUGGAAAAGCUCCUCAUGAUAGCAGGAGAAGAACGGGCUCUGUGCCUUGUUGACGUGAAGAAAGUGAAGCAGUCCCUUGCACAGGCUCACCUUCCUGCCCAGCCCGACAUCUCCCCCAACGUUUUCGAGGCCGUGAAGGGCUGCCACUUGUUUGCUGCCGGCAAGAUUGAGAACGGGCUCUGUAUCUGUGCAGCCAUGCCCAGCAAAGUUGUCAUUCUCCGCUACAACGAAAACCUCAGCAAGUACUGCAUUCGCAAAGAGAUAGAGACCUCAGAGCCCUGCAGCUGCAUCCACUUCACCAAUUACAGUAUCCUCAUUGGAACCAAUAAAUUCUAUGAAAUUGACAUGAAGCAGUACACGCUUGAGGAAUUCCUGGAUAAGAAUGACCAUUCCUUGGCGCCUGCUGUGUUUGCCUCCUCUUCCAACAGUUUCCCUGUCUCGAUCAUGCAGGUGAACGGCGCAGGGCAGCGGGAGGAGUACCUGCUCUGCUUCCACGAAUUUGGGGUGUUCGUGGAUUCUUACGGAAGACGUAGCCGCACAGACGAUCUCAAGUGGAGUCGCUUACCUCUGGCCUUCGCCUACAGAGAACCCUAUCUGUUUGUGACCCACUUCAACUCACUCGAAGUCAUUGAGAUCCAGGCACGCUCCUCUCUGGGGACUCCUGCCCGAGCAUAUUUGGAAAUCCCAAACCCACGCUACUUGGGCCCUGCAAUUUCCUCAGGAGCGAUUUACCUGGCCUCGUCAUACCAGGAUAAAUUAAGGGUCAUUUGCUGCAAAGGAAACCUCGUGAAGGAGUCCGGCACUGACCACCACCGGGGCCCGUCCACCUCCCGCAGUAGCCCCAACAAGCGAGGCCCACCAACGUACAACGAGCACAUCACCAAGCGUGUGGCCUCUAGCCCGGCACCCCCCCCGGAAGGCCCCAGCCACCCGCGAGAGCCAAGCACACCCCACCGCUACCGAGAGGGGCGGACAGAGCUGCGCAGGGACAAGUCUCCGGGCCGCCCCCUGGAGCGGGAGAAGUCGCCAGGCCGGAUGCUCAGCACGCGGAGGGAACGUUCCCCUGGGAGGCUGUUUGAAGACAGCAGCCGGGGCCGGCUGCCUGUGGGAGCUGUGAGGACCCCACUGUCCCAGGUCAAUAAGGUCUGGGACCAGUCUUCAGUGUAAAUCUCAGCCAGGAAAACCAACUCCUCAUCUCAACCUGCAGGAAAACACCACUCUAAGGAACUCUGCUGAAGGGGCCCCCGGCACCCAUCUGCUCAGCCACCCCAAGGCACAGCUGGGCCCAGACCCGCCUCCGUGCGGACAGCCCGCAUCCAGGGGGUGCAGGGGCCGAGCUCUUCCGAGCUGCCAGCGCCUUCCUGCAGUCAUCCUCUGUGCACUUUGUUACUCUUUCAGAGCAUUCAUCAACUUUUAUACCUAGCUCUAGCCUGUACCGGUUCAUCAGAGGAAACCAACCUGCGCUAACUACAACGUGGUUAGAAUCCUAU